CACACUUCGACACAACUAUGUUGUCGAGCAACACGAGAGGGAAACGUUCCUAAGAGCGCGAUGCGAUUAAUAAACGUUGCAUCAUGUUUCGAUAUAAAAACGAAUCGGCAGACAUCUGGCCGGAAUGAAGUUCGAUUUUAAUCUUUGGUUAGAGGACCGUUCGGCAGUUAUGGAAUUUCAUUGAUACGCUUCGUGUUCUACAACGUCUCUCCCUUCUACUUUGCUCCGCGUUAUCGAUUGUUACGAACGCGCCGCCUGAUAAUGCGUUAAAUGUGCACUUCCUUUAAUCGAAAUCACAUAUCCUCGCGUUUACUCGCUGAAAAGAAUCGAAUAUCGUGAUACGAUCGGUAUCAUGUAUGCCGCAGUAAAAAUAACGUGCGCUUGAAUAUUGUGCGGCAUGGAGAUACGAUAAAGAAAAAAAAAUCGCUCUGUCCUAACAUAUCAGCAUGGAAGUAAAAGACUGAAAGUGAUAUAAUGGAAUCCAGGAUGCCAGUAAAGUACGACGAUUCUUAAGUUCAGUAUGGAAGUUCGAAAAGGGCUGUGGUCGAAAAAAAUCCUAGUUCCGGCCUGUUUUCUGGUAAUUCUUAUCUGGAUCUUUCUAAUCGACAAUUCCUUACUUCUCGUCGGUCUGUCCGGCAAAGCAACCCUACAAAAACCCAGAAAUUCCGUUUACUCUGCGCACAUGGUCGAUCCGAAUCUCGACCAUCUAAUUGUCAAGGAAUCCUUUUUGAUAAACGAUGUCGAAUCGAAACGCUCGAAAUUAUCGAAAGUUCAAGUGGUGUCACUUUGGACAGGCAACGGCAGCGUUAAAGGAACCUCAGCAACCCUGCGAAAGUAUCAGGUGUUGAGGCAGCAGGGUUUAAUUCCUAGCAAACAAUUGCCAACCGCAUUGAUUAUCGGCGUGAAAAAAGGCGGAACUAGAGCCCUGUUAGAGUUUCUCAGGCUACAUCCGGCCAUUCGAGCCGCAGGCUCGGAAGUACACUUUUUUGAUCAUCAUUAUAUCAAAGGAUUCCAUUGGUACAGGCAUCGUAUGCCCCCUACAUUGGCCACUCAAAUUACGAUGGAGAAAACACCAUCGUAUUUCGUGACGAGCGAGGUUCCGAGACGAGUUCAACGCAUGAAUCCGGCGAUGAAAUUGAUUCUCGUAGUAAGAGAUCCGGUUACGCGAGCAAUAUCCGAUUAUACCCAAGUGAAGAGUAAACGGGCCAAUAUGCCAAAAUUCGAAGAUCUAGCGUUCCUGAAUGGCUCGAAGAUCGUGGAUACCACGUGGGUACCGUUGAAGAUCGGUGUGUACGCGAGACACUUGGAGAGGUGGCUGCAAUAUUUUCCGUUGUCGCAAUUCUUGUUUGUAUCUGGAGAGAGAUUGAUCGCGGACCCGGUCGCCGAGAUCACCAGGGUGCAAGAUUUCUUAGGCCUAAAGAGAGUUAUAUGCGAGAAACAUUUUUAUUUCAACGCCACCAAAGGAUUCCCUUGUCUGCUCAAAUCUGAGGAACAUCCUACACCCCAUUGCCUUGGUAAGAACAAGGGUCGUAGUCAUCCUUAUAUAGAUCCUGUAGCCAUACAACGAUUGAGAGAUUUUUAUCGUCCAUUUAAUCAACGUUUCUACCAAUUAACCGGGAUGGAUUUCGGCUGGUUGUGAGAACAAGUGCAAUAAGCGAAUACAUAUCGAUGCUAGUUAAUUAAAACAUAGUCAAUUUUUACGAAGAUACGAUACAUAUACGACACGAAUGCCAUUAGUCUGCACCGAGAUAAAUAAUCGGUAAAAGAUACUCGUUAACUUCAUUUCUUAGGAUAUUUUUUUAUUCACAAACAAGCAUCAUUUCCAUGUGUUGACAAUACGCAAGAGAAUUCAUAUUUGUGAUAUUACUGCUAGAUGCGUAGAUGGAAGAUUGCGGUUAAAAAAGAACAAUUUUGAAACUGAACUUAAAAUUAUAUUUUAGGUGACAUUGAGAAGAUUGUGCAUUAAUUAUAAUAAUAUAAUAAUUAGUAUCUCUCUUUCUUCUCUUAUUUUAAUAUUAUUAUACAUAUCAUAAGAAACAAGAAACUAUUUAUUAAUAUUAUACAUAUCUCAUUAGUUAUAGGAUGCACAUCUGUUUUUUAUUUUUUUAAUAUUUAUAAAUACCAGUUCAGUCUCAGAGUUGUUCAUUUUUUAACAUUGCCAUUUACAUUUGUAAUUCGAAGGAUAUAGAUAUUUAGUUCGUAAAGUAACAAGCGAGAACAUCGUUAAUUAAAGUAAUUAAUUUAGUAAGUUGGAAAUGUGCAAUACAUAAUUUUCUAUCAAGGAAUAUUUAAAAAAAAAAAAUGGCGCAGGUAGCGCCAUCUAGUGGCGCAUAGCGAAACGACAGAAAAUUGUUAUUUUUCGUAAAAUAACUUUUACGAUUUUUUGAUGCAAGUAGAACGUUCUACGAUGUAAAUGCAAUCAGAGUACUGCUACGUAUUGCUUAGCAUGUUAGAAUUGGUAAUUUGAAAAUUUAGCAAUUCAUGGACCAAGAAACACUAUAACCAUCUGGUGGUAGGAGCUUAGAAUUAAUGAAACUAUAUUAUUAGAACUUGUAAGAUAUUUUUUAUCAAUAUUAUAUUUGAAAUAAUUUUAAAUGACGUAUUUAGUGUAUUGGGAAUAAUAGAAAUGGUAAGAUAAACAUUUUUUAGAGUUGCAGUGAUGUAAUGUGUUGUUCAUAAUUGAAUGAUUUCCCGCCAAAUAUGGCGGCUUUAAAGACUGCCUUUUUGGCGGUUUUUUGACAAAGUCUUUCGUUUUGUAAUUAUUCAGUUUAACUCGUUAAUAAAGAUAUGCAAAUAUAUGAAUUUAAAGAUGAGCUUUUCAGGAUAAAAUAUUUAAAGUUUAAGGCAUAUUUAAAUACACAAGUUUUUAAAUAUUUGAAAUUCGAUUAAUUAGGAAGUGUCACCGUCAUUACAGUGUUUCUUGGUUCGUGAAAUAUAUUUUUCCUAAAUUACAAAUUUCAAUGACGUAAACACUGUUAUUACUCCGACUACAUUACCUCAGUAAUAGUUACUUUUAUUUUAAAAUCGUUUACGUUAAGAAAAACAAAUUGUUUAUUUUAUCGUCAGAUGGCGCUAAACGUAUCGUUUCCAAACCUUGCAUUGAUCUUGAAAACCAUUGUCAAAGUAAAUAACUCAUAGAGUUUAGAUUACAUUCGGUAAAAUAUUUUCUUAAAAUAACGAACAGUACAAUUUAGCGUUUCUCAACCUUUACAAUUAACAAUCAAAAUGUUUACUAUUUUAAAUGUUUGUUAAAAUCGCGUGGAUAUUUUAACUGUUAUUACUUUUGCAAUGCGCUAUAUAUUUUGUUAAAUUCGACUUCCAUUGUUUAUCUUCCUCAAGUUUAUAAAAUCAAACAAACGAUAAGUACAAUUGAAAGCAAUGAAAAGCUGUAUCUCGUUUUUAAAAAAUUUCAACGAAUGUACGUUCGGUUAAGGGGAUAGAAUUAUGAACGAUGUCAAUUAGACAUUUGUAACGACGAGGGUUAUCGAAAAGUUUGUAUAACCGUACAGAAACUACAUAAUUAAUUUUGCUACGUGCAAGUAUGCACCGGCUUGCAACUGUAAAAUGAAUAUAAUGUAUUUAUAUUUUGCAAAAGUGCACGCACAUACAUUCCUACAUACAUACGUACUAUAUGAAUCGUGAAUUUUUUUCACGAACGCAAUUAUGAAGUUAAUUGAAUUUUAAUUAAACGGUAGAAAAUGUUAGUUGUUAAUUAUUAGAGUUUGUUCCGAGUGAGUUGUACGUUUAGGAACACUUUAGAAACUUUUAUUGACGAAUGUACAUUUUCGUGCAAUUAAGGAUUUUAAUCGAAUGAAUUACGAGUGUAUCGUUCAGUGAAAAUUACGUUUUAAUUUGCUCAAGUGAAUUAAGGUACUUUAAAGAUACAAAAGUGUAAAUAAAGAA